GCAUGCUGUCAGAGGUCAGGAUGCAUUUCAAAUGAAGGUUGGGUGUGCUGGGGUUCUUCUACACACCUGGGAAUGUGUUAAUUACACUAUUUGUCACAGGUGAUGCUCUAAUCUGUGAUUGGUUGAAUCCUUUAAAGAUGUGACAAGACUUUUGUCUAAGCAAAGUCUGACCUCUCUGCCUCUCUCUCAAGGCAUGAUAAGAUUGUAUUUUGGUAAAAUAAGCAUAAUCUAGAGGCCUUUGCCUUUCAUAUAAGCCACUUCUGAUUACAAAUGAUCAACUAGAAGUCAAGUUAUUAUUUGUUGUUCCUACAACUUGGAUAGGCGACAAGACUUUUGUCAGGGAGUGCACGGCAGUCACAGAGAAGCAGGGAACCAGAAUCAUCCAGGCCCCGUUUGGGUCCCACAGGACUCAGCAGCACAUUAUUUAAACAUCAUACAGGAAGUGACACUGAGCCUUAAAGACAUAAAGGUUUUGUCUGCUGUUGUGUGGAUGUAGUCAAUUAACCAGAAAUGGCAAGAAAUGUGGGACAGUGAGGGGAAAGGGAGACAUUUAUACCGUAUCCAAAAGAGUAUUAAAGUAAAUAAGGUCGGAGGGGGAAACGGUACUAACGAGACUGACGCUGGGACACUGUGCUCUAAAUAAAACAUUAAAAAUGGUGGGGAAACAUCAGACAGUAUGUGUGAGUGGCGGCAGGAAGAGGAAUCGGUAGAACAUGUAACUCUACAUUGUAGGAAACAUCAGAGGGAUGAUGGAUAACAGACUAAAGGAACGAGGGGUGCAGAAACUCCCUUUAAAAACAAUAUUAAGUAUGAAUGUUAGAGCUCAGGUGAGAGAAUUGUUGGGUUUUUUAAGGGGUACUGGGCUGUAUUAUAGGAUCUAAAGGUAGGUUUGUUUUUUGUUUUGUUUUUUUCCUUCCCCCCUAAAUCCCUGGGAAAUUGUAGAUUAUGGUUUACUGACUGAUCCACACUCCAGAACAGAAGGUGGCGGUAAUGCACCAUUAAGCUGGUCGCCAACCGCCGUUAAAGAAGAAGAAGAAGAAGAAGAAGAAGAAGAAGAAGAAGAAGAAGAAGUGUGGAUGUAGUCUCACUCCGGUCCAGGUGGUGGCGCUAAUGCACCUUAACGUCGGCGGCCAACCGCAGAAAAGAGAGAAGAGCGCGGAGGUCUGCGUGCAUGUAGAGAAUGACCGAGCUGCUGGGAAUCAACGUUUCAAACAGUUCCGUAUUAACUGGUUCCAGCGCAGAGUAAAGAGCCUGCACGGUUCCGUGUUGCAUUACAGAAACGCUGGAGACGUCGGCUGGUUGACCGCGGGAAGCCAGAGAAUCUCUGCGGGAGGAGAUGUACCGUGGCCGGCCUCCGCCGAGAGGAGGCUACCCUCCGCCUUUCGAAGGCCGAGGCCGAGGUCCGCCGCCCGCGAGGCCUUACCCGGCACCGGGCUACAGAGAUGACAGGAGCCGGCCCAGGCCUCCGUACCACGCCGGCUACCACGACCAUAGUCACCCGGAGUCCUACCGCCGCUCCCCGCCGCGCAGGAGGUACCCUUCCCCCGGGUCAGGAAGUCACCGAGGCGGAGACCACUGGGCCGGUGGCCCGCCGAGAGAGAGGUCUCCGUCGCCGCGUGGACUGGUUCCCCUCGACCACAACCUGGUCAUCACCGUCGGCAACGAGCUGACUGGACCGUCUGGCUCCGCCCCAACGCGCCAUCAUGACAGAGACUACCCUCCUCGAUCCGAGUACGAGCGGGGCCGGAGCCGACCUCGCAGCCGGAGCAGAGACCGGAGUCCGGACCGGAGCCGGGCCAAGAGCGUGGGGCGGAGCAAGAGUCGAGCGAGGAGUAAGAGCCGGCCCCGGAGCCAGAGCCGCAGUCCGGGCCGGACCCGGGCCAAGAGCCGCGGCCGGAGCAAGAGCCGCAGUCCGGACCGGAGCCGGGGCAAGAGUCGCGGCCGGAGCAAGAGCCGCCCCCGCAGCAGGUCCAGGUCCAGGUCCAGAUCCAGGUCCAGGUCCAGAGGGCGGAGCAGAGGACGGAGCCGGGGGCGGAGCUACAGUAAAGCGGCAAGCCACGGCCGCAGCAAGAGCCGCCAGAGGAGCCGCAGUGCGAGCAGCAGCUCGAGCUCCAGCAGCCGCAGCGCAGGUGACAGCAACGGGAAAUCCAGAAAAGAGUUCAAGGAGCUGGACUCGGCUCGACGCAGGAAGGAGCUGGAGGAGAUGCUGAGUCUGCCGACCAAAUCCAUCCUAAAGAAACGCAACGACUCGGAGGACUCGCCGUCACUCAGGAGCACAGACUCUCCCAGAGGUCUGGAGGGGACCAACAUUUCUCGGGUGGCCGACCAGCUGCUGCUGGCUGUUAAAGGCAUGGAGCCUCACAUGGUGGCCUCCAUGCUGUCAGAGCUGCGGUCCGACCCGCAGAUGGCUCAGCGCGUCGGCCUCGACGCCGAGAUCAAAGAGAUCCUCAACCUGCUGGGGGGGCCGGCGGGGGCCAAGGCUCAGGAGAAGGCCGCGGAUGACAUCGACGACGAGGAGAAGUUCCUGUACGGAGACUCGGAGGAGCCCAAACCUUCGCCGGUGUCCGAGCCAGUCCGACACCACGGGCUGGAUUUGUACGGAGACGUGACGGAGGAGGCGCUGUACGGAGACUACCCCCCGCAGAAAGCCGUCCUCGGUCAGAUGUACGGCCUCCUGCCGGGGGCCUCGCCUCACCUUCAGGCCCCUCCCACCAUGGGAGAGGUGGACGUGAGGUACGUGAGCCGGCCCACCAUCAGCCCCGACCAGAGCAUCACGGUCCAGGUGUCGAACCCCACCUACCCGCCGGGGACGGAACCGUUGGAGGAGGGCGAGCGACAGGCACUGGAGGAGUACGAGAAGAUCCAGGACCUGCUGAAGACCAUCGGCCUGGACCUGGGUGUGACCGAGAUCAGCAAGAUGGCCGCCAGGACCAAAGAGCGGCUCCACGGAAACAAGCCCCCGAAGACCCCCACGCGCUGCAGACAGUACUCCUCCGGCAGCUCGGACGGCAGCCGCCGCAGCCGGGGCCGCAGGAGGCGGAGCCGCAGCGGCAGCUCCAGCAGCAGCAGCAGGAGUCGCAGCUGCGGGCGGGGGGGCAGCUGGAGCAGCGAAGACAGCCGCAGGAAGGACUCAGCUCUGCCAAAAACUCACAAAGACAGAGACGUCAAAGAGUCGAAAGCCGAGCGGGGCGACGCAGCAGCACCGCCGCCACAAACCCCCGACCCCAACACCCUCGCCAAUCACCCCGGGGUGCCCAUACCUACCUACCCCCCCUCACAGGUCCACGGCAUGAUGCCCCCUAACUUCCCCCCGCCUGGUUACGGCCAGUAUGGAAACUACCUCCCCUACAUGCACCAGCAGUGGCCGCCCAUGUACCCGCCCCCCAACAUGAGCCUGCCGUCCCAGACCGGCUCCGAAGACUUCGCCCCCACUCUGCCCUACAAACAGCCCUACAACAAACCGGCCCCUGAGCCGGGGGCCCAAGGUUUGGUGAAGAGUUCUGUUCAGGACGGCGAGAAGGGAAAAGUCGGCAGCCACGACCGGAGAGUGUCUGAGGAGCAGAACAACGAGAGCCAGAAACAAAAGGUUCUGGAGGAGAGAGAGAAGCUGAAGCAGGAGAGAGAGAUCAGGAUGAAGAAAAAAUAUCUGAUGAAGGAGCUGGAGAGACUCAGGAAGCAACAAGGCGAGCUCCUGAGGAAGAAGCGCCGGGAGAAGGACGGCCACAAAGACCCUCUGCUGCAGGAGAUCAGCCACCUGCAGGAGGAGGUCAUGACUCAGAUCUCCAACCUGCGCAAAGAGCACGAGGUCGCCGAGAAGAAACGCAACGAGAUCGACAAGGUGGCGCUUAUCCUCGGCCUGAACCCGUCGGACCGGCCGCGCAGGACCGGCAAGCCGGCCGCGGAGCAGCACGAAGAACCGCCGCUGCCGCUACCAGAGAAGAAGAAACGGGAGCUGGAGAGGAGUCCUGAGGGUCGGCAGGCAGCCGGCAGCUCCAAGAUAAAGCAGACCUUGGCGGCGCCGUCGUCGUCCUCGAGAGCGUCCCCAGACAAGCCGCCCGUCACUGCCCCGGCCCCGCCUCCGACCCCGCCCCCGCAGCCGUUUGAAUACUAUGACGCUGGAAACCACUGGUGCAAAAACUGUAACGUCACCUCUGGUUCCAUGUUUGAUUUUUUCACGCACUUGCACAGCAAAACGCAUCGAAAGACUCUGGACCCGUACGACCGGCCCUGGGCUUCCACUCCCACCAAAAUCAUCAAGAACACGCUGUCAGAAGAGAAGCUGACAAAACCCGCCAAAGGUUCGGAGUUCUUGCUGCCCGUCAGAGGAUUCUUCUGCCUGCUGUGCAAAGAGUUUUAUGGAGACGCCAUCUGUGCAGAAGAACACGUCACCACACAUGCUCACAAUGAGAAAUACAAGAAACAAAUGUACGAGAACCCGUUGUACGAACAGAGGAGGAAUCUGGACCGCCAGGCAGGACUGGCCUUAGAGACGAGUGGGAAGAAACGCAAACAUGAGGACGAUGAGAAAAGCAGCAAAGACAAGGAGGAAAAGUCCAAACACAAAAAGGAGAAAAGGGACAAGGAGAAAAAGAAGGACGAAGAUGACGGUGUUCAGAAGGAGGAGAAAUCUAAAGUUAAAAAGGAGGGGGAGGAGGAUAAGUCUAAGCCCAACAAGAAAGAGGAGGAUUUUAAAGAUGCCAGAAACCUGGAAGAGGAGAGGCCUUCGUACAGCAAGAAAGACGAGGAUGAAAAGUAUAAGUUCGGCAAAAAGGAAGAUAAAUACCGCUACAGCAGAGAGGAAGAGGAGAGGGGUAAAUACAGCAGAAGAGACGAGGACGACAGAUACAAAUACAGUAGAGAAGAAGAAUAUCGGUACAGGUAUCGCAGGGAAGAAGACGACAGAUAUGACGACCGUCCAAAAUAUGGUCAGAGAGACGACGAGGACAAGUAUAAAUAUGGUAAAUAUUCAGACUACAGAUCCAAAUAUGACCGAGAGCGAGAUGAAGGAAAACCUAAGGCUGAGAAGGAAGCUUUUAAAAGGCUUGAGCCGGGGAAAACGGAGGUCAGCAAGCCUGAACCACCACCAAAGCCCUACGACCCACCCAAAAUCCUCUGUGGACCCAGUCCGGCCAUGAGGGCAAAGCUCCGCAAGCAGAGUCUGGAAACUGGCAAACCGGCACCUGCGGCCUCGGCCGCUUCAUUCGGAAAGUUCACGUGGAAGAAGAGGGAGAACGUUCUGGCAAAGGAGGCGGAGAAAGUGGCCGCAGAGUUCAUCAAGGAAGACGAAGAGGCUGUGAAGCAGAAUCCAGUCUCGGUUGAGGAUUCUUUUGCAAAAUCUAUGGCCGUUGCGAAGGAGAUCGCCCAGAAGCUGGGGGGCCAGAACAUGGCUACUCCCUGGGUGUCCAACGGAGCCAACCGGGGCAGGAUCCGGCCCAACCUCCCUGCACCCGCUACAGUCCUGAGGAAAACGGCCAUGAUGGGUAAACCUGCACCUCUCAAUACCUUCCUCUCCAUCAGACCCCAAAACACCACUUUACCAGGGUCUCCUCCAAAAGACGGAUCGGUAUUCCUUGACCCUCUCACAAAGGCUCUAGAUGCUCAAAACGCACUGCUGGAACCUAAGUCACCAAUACCUGGGCCAACUGAGGCUACGUGUACACCGGUGGUUGCUAUACCAGAGCCAUUUAAGGCUAAACCGCCGCCACCGGUGUCAAGACCUGCACCAUUUGAGGUUAAACCUGCGCCACCAGUUUCUAAACCCGCCCCAAUCGAGGCAAAGCCUGCGCCAUCUGAGGCUAAACUUGCACAACCAACAAUGAUAAAGAUAGUCUCUGAUGUGGCAGCUCCUGGCGUCCCAGAGAGCGAGCAAACUCGUACGGUGUUCGUCAAGCCUCCACCAUUCAUGAACCUGGGCGAUGGAGCACAGAAGUCUGAGAAACUUAAGAGUAACCUAGCUGCAGCCAAAGCCCAGGAUUUAUUUGACAUCUUCUACAGCAACAUUGGCCAAUCAGGUGCCUCCUCCAUCACCAAACCAGCAACAGACAGCAGAGCUGACGGGAGUAGCACCAAUAAAGGUCAACUUCCUACCCCGCAAGCACCAAAACCACAACCUCUGCUUCUUACCCAGUCCCAACCUCCAAGUGUGGCCGAUACACCUCCGCAACCAGACUCAAACAAUUUCACACCCAGUCCCCAAACCCAGUCCGAAUCAGACAUUCAAAUUGCAUCCGUUUGGUCCUUGCAGCCUAUCCCAGCUCAGUCACCCGAGGUGGCUCCAUCCGAAACUACUUCACAGACAACCCAACCAAAACUGAGUACACCAGCCCAGCCUGAGGCUCAGAGUGUACCCCAAAACCAGCCUGAGGCUCAGAAUUGUGAGUCCACAAUCGCUCUACAAACCGAGCCUGCCGAGCCAGAACCAACACCUCAAACUCAGUCCCAGCCCAAACUGGCUCCUCAAAUCCAAACAGAGCCACAAUCUGAACCCCAACCAGACCAGGACAGCCAGCCCCAGUCCCAUCCAGAGACCCAUCCUGACCCCCAUCCUGACACAACUCCAGAAUCUGAACCCAAACCAGGCCCCAAAACUAGAGGCAAAACAGCUUCGACAAAGAGAACCCCUCCUGCCCCCCGCCCUGUCCGACAAACCAGGUCCCAAACCAGAUACCAGACCCGGCGGCAGCAGCAGAGCCAGUCCGAGCCAGAGCCUGAGCCGGCUUCAGGAGAUUCUGACUCGGCAGCUUCAGACCCAAAGGGCCUGGACACGUCAGAUCCUGGCUCUGGAUUGCAUGCGGAGGAGGGGGCACCUAGUGAGGGGGACCCUCAGAUGAUGGCGAUCACCCCUGAAACCCUGGGCCUCCCCUCCGACAUGACCUCUCUGGACUUCGAGUACGAUUUUAACUUUGAGUAGGAGCUGACCGGACUGUGUGACGGGAAUCUGGGGUGGGGGUUUCUUUAAAACUACUUGUAUAUCCAAGACGUUCAGAAGAUCAUAAGCCACAGUCUUUCAUCAAUAAUUUAAAGGCAGCUGGAAGCGGCGAGAAAGACACUCGCGCUGACGGACUUGAGACUUUUUAAGACAUUGACCUUCAUCUGUUUAAAGGACCAGUUUGACGUUCAGUGAAACCAACUUGUUCUCAGUCUUCUUCAUGUUUCAGACGGAUAUCAGUUUCAUUCCUGUGCGUCCGGUGCAGAGAUGGUUCAAGGACUUCUCUAGUCCUGCACGGCACACAAUCUUAUACUUUUAUUAAUAACAAAAAGUCCCCCUAAAGGGACAAAAACCAUCAGAGAAUUUAUGAAUAUGGGGGAAGACGGGAUUUUUUGACAUGAAGAAAAAUGUAAAAUAGUUUUAGGCCACAGUGGAGCUCUGUAGUUAUAAGCUGACUUUAUGUGACCAGAAGGUUCUGGGUCUGUUUUUCAUGGAUUGGGCUGGGCCACUUAGUUCAGUGACUCCCAGUCUGGGGUCCCCCAAGGGGUCACAAGUUAAUUUUAAAGGGUUGCAAGACAAUAAACAGGACAGGAGGCUUAAAAAAACAACUUUAAAACUAUUUUUCAGAUGUUUUUCUAAUCUUGCUGCUUGUUUCUUGUGAAUUACUGAAUAUUUCCUCUUCAGGCGUCUAAAAUGACUCCAGUAAUCACUUUUUGGUUGUAACCCACAGACGUGUGGAACCACCGUCUCAUUUUAAAGCGGAAACUGUUAUGAGAUCACAUGUUCAGCGAUCUCUGCUGUCCACGUACUUUUGGUCAUGUGGUGUAUAUCAGCCUCCGCAGACGAUACUUGUCAGUGGGAUAAAUUAAUUGAGUUUUGACUCUUCGGGGGGGAAUUCCUGUUGAUCAUGAAAAUGUAAACUGACGCAGAGUUGAAGCUGAUAUCUGCCUCUGUGGAAGACGGACGUCGCACUGUUCCUUUAAAAGCUCACGUUUUCUCCCUUCGGCAAACCCUUUGCUUUCUCCUCCCGCAGGUAAAGUACUGUUGUUUUCCUUGUUUUCUAUUCAGGUUCAGUUUAUUUUUUCCUCUGAAUGACGACAAGGUGUUUUUCGAUGCAGAGUUCACUCAGCUCAGCUGGUGAAAUAAAAGUCGCAGCACGGACCAAAAACAGCUCAUUUAGUUAGAAAAGCUGCAGUUCACGUGUAAACUGAAGAUCCAGGAGCUGAUUCCUGUUAAACUGCGUCAGGUUUUCUCCCUGCGUCGUGUUUGACGCGCUGAUCUGUGGUCAGUGUGAGUCAGAAUACAAACAAACUGUUCGUCUUGUACAAAUGUGUUGCUUUAAGUAGAGUUUUAAUAAAAGUUAGUGAGGAAACAGCA